AUAAACAAACACAGAAAUCCGAAAACUGUCAUAAAGGCAGUUUUUCGACUAAAUUAAUAAUCGCGUUAGAUUUACUCGAAAUGGACCAGUUUGAGUUCGGGUGUGAUGAAAACAAAACCAAAGACGAUGACAGUAUUAUAUCGGAAAGAUGCUGGACGGAGAAUUACAGAGGGGAUAGUAGAAAAUGGCUCAUAAGAGACGGAUGCACAAGCCAUUCCAAAACCAAGUGGUUGUCGACAAUGAAAUCCACCUAUCCGUUUCCGCUUAAAGAAGAACUGAAACACAUGAAUGUCGGUCACCGACGAGCACUACUGCUCCAAAAAAUGUUCGACGAAGCGGUUGAAGAAAUAACUAACCAACGCGACGAGCCGCCCCCGGUUGAGAAAUAUUGUACCGAGUACGAUGGCAACUUCAACAGUAAUAUUAAAAUAAAGAAGGACGGCCACGAAGAGGAGAAACAAAAAGAGUUGUUUGAAAAGUUUCCGCUUUAUACUUCGUCACCAGCUUCCUUUUGGAAUUAUAAGAUAGACAAAUAUCAAAGAAGCCAUACUUACUUUCCCGGACUCACGGUGUCUGCUGACCUGAAGAAUCCCUUUAAGCGACAUUCCGGCUUUACAAAACCUAUAUCUGAAGUUUUAGAUGAAUGCAACUUGUAGCUUUGCUAGGGGAGUUAAUAAAUAAUGUUGGGUGUGUUGAUUUCCGG